UUUGAUUAGCACUCAAUCAGUGCGAAUCAGUUACAUGUUCUGCUCACUGUCAACCCAGAUGCACCUCAAGUCUGCUUUCUUAGCCCUCUGCUCUACUCUCUUUACACCUAUGCUUGUAUGGAUAAGUGCAGCUCCUUUGCCAUCUGCAAAUUCGCCAACGACACGACUGGAGGUAGAACUAUCCGAAUCACGAAUGGUGACGACUCAACAUGCCACGUUGUUUGGCAUUAAUAUUACUAUCUGUCGUGGACCAGCCACAGCCAAGAAGGCACAUUAACCCAUCUACUUCUUCAGGAGACAGAUGGAAAAAAAAUCAGCUUGUCUCCAAUGACUCUUACAAACUUCCACUUAUCCAUAACAGGAAGCAUGCUGUGCGUGCUCAGCCGGUGGGAGGGUUUGCUCGCUGAUCUGAUCCGCCCCGGCCGCUUUAUAAGGAGAUCCGGCGGCUGAGCUCCAGCCUGCUGUCAUGGCCUCGGUGCAGGGCGCCAGCCCGGUGCAGAUGCGGGUGUCUGCUGACAAGCUGCUGUGCUCCAUCUGCCUGGAGGUGUUCCGCCAGCCCGCCACCAUUCCGUGCGGCCACAGCUUCUGCCUGGAGUGCAUCGAGGAGCUGUGGGAGCGGCAGGCGGGCUCGGGGGCCUACAGCUGCCCUCAGUGCCGCCAGGCCUUCAACCCGCGGCCCGCACUGCGUCCCAAUCCCGUGCUGUGCGGCAUCGCGCUGGACCUCUUGGCCGAGCCGCAGCCCGAGGCCGUGGAGGAGGUGUCGCCGGGCCUGACGUUCUGUGAUGUGUGCACGGUGGCGCGGCAGCCAGCCGCCCGAUCCUGCCUCCUCUGCCUCGCCUCCUACUGCAAGUGGCACCUGCGGCCGCACCGCCUCAGCCCCGCCUUCCGCGACCACCCGCUGGCGCCGCCUGCAGCCGACGUUGGCAGCCGCAAAUGCGGGCCGCACCGCAAGCACCUGGAACUCUUCUGUCGCACCGACAAAGCCUUCAUCUGCGGCCUAUGUCUGGCCGCCGAGCACCGCACCCACCGGGUGGUGUCGCUGGACGAGGAGGCAGAGAGUCUGAAGAAAGAACUGAAGAAGGCUGACUUGGAAAUGGGGAAGCAGUUGCACGAGACCUUGCUUGAGAUUGGGUUGCUUCAGCAAGACAUGGACUGCAUUGUGAGAACUUCUGAGAAAGUGAAAUUGGAAAUCACCAACCAUUUUUCAGCAAUGACUGAAUCAAUUGAAGAGACUCUGCGAGUGGUGAUUGAGAUAAUUGGCGGGGAGCAGCAAGCAGCCUUGAGCCAGGCCAAAACCAUCCGAGCCCAACUGGAACAGAAAUGCAUGGAGCUCCGAGAGAAGAAACUCCAGCUGGAAAUCUUGGCUAGCAAGAGUGAUAAUUUCAAAUUGGUGCAGGAAUCCCUUUGUUUCAGCACAGCUUCCCAAGUCCCUGACAUCCCACGGUUGAAGUCCGACUUGCAUUCCAUGCUGGCACGUGCUAGCAAGGCUGCAGCAGACCUUUCCUCUCAGGUGAAGGAGUGCCUCCGUCGAGCAAUGAAGCGCAAACUGAAGAACCAAGGUAGGAGAGGGUGUGAAAAAGGUGUUCAAACAUCAGAGGCAUCUCACCACACCUCUCUGCUCCCCCCAGAGCCCAAGAUUCGGAAGAUCUUUGAAGAAUCACUCCCAUCACAAAGCAGUGCCACUGCUCCUCCAAGCCACGCCAAUCGGAUCCUUUCCCCUGGGCACUGCAGUUGCCAUGAAGCUGACAUCUGAGAAGGGAUGAGAAAGUGAGGUGUGUCUAUCUAAAGGAUGUUACUACCCAGAGCAGAAGUGGAUUAAUGAUGGUUCCUGGUAGUCCAGAUGCCUGGGGUUUUACUGGGGGGGGGAUAUGACUGGGCUGACAAAGGAGUUGUGGAAAGGACUGGGCGUACAUCCUGUCCACUGCAAAGGAAUGGUAUGUCUUCAUACCUGAAACUCGCCAGUGAUUUUAAGACUGGAUUGCAUCAAGGCCACCUGCAACACCAUGGGCUACGUGGCCAAGUAUUCAACUGGAUUGGCGUUUUCCUGGAUUAUUCAGAUGGUUAUUAAUUUGGUUUAGAGUGAAAGUCAAUGUCAUUCAAGGGAAAGGAACCAUUUGAUCAGCAUCCCAUAUUCACUCCCCCAUCACCAAUGCUGGUGCCUACCAUCCAAGGAUACAAACCAGCAGUUUACCCCUGUGAUUUUGACAACCCCUCCCACAUUCUUGUGAAACCUUGAAGGUUUUUGGGAACGUCACCACCUCCAAAUUCCCCUCCGUCAUGCUUCAUUCUGAAGUGAAAAUAAGUCCGAUUUCCUUGGUCAUUGGGUCACAGUCAAAACGCUGAGCAUCUCUACCUAAUGAUACCGUGGAGGCAUGUAUAUUGUAGACACUGCUCCAGGAAAGAAGCUCACUGCUGCCAUCUCAAUGGGGAUUAGGGGUGGGGAAAUAAAUCCUCUCUUAACUGCAGAUCACUCAAACAUAGCCCCAGAAGCAGUAUAUAUUUGAGCUUCCCAUUGAGUACAUCUGCCCAAAGAGCCUUUUAAUCUCUCUGCAGUUUCAGGAUUUAGGGAGGUAUACAUUAUGGCAGGCAGACAACUUGUAGGCCUUUCUAUCACUUGAGUCAUUUUGCCAAUUCUCCAGGCUGUACUCUUGGCAGAAUUGUCUCGCUGGGGAUAAUUAAGAUUGUCCAUGUGGGACGGGGUGAGGAAAUGCAGGAAAAGGUGCUUGUGACCCAUGAACUCGCAACCGUCCCUAAUGCUUUACACUCAACUCAUUCUUGCAACUACAAUACCUUCAGCUUUACAGUAUUGCAAAUUUUAUACUCUUGCUCCAUCUUGUAUUAAGAUUUAAUACUUGCUUCCAGCUCCUUGUGUAUUUGCAGUGAGUCAGAACUAUUUGCUCUUUUAUUGAAUGUACAGAGGUAUUAUCUAAAAUAAACUUUGCACUUUGUCCCAAUUAAAAAUGAAACAUGUCAAUAGUAAUAUUUUCUUUAUAUUGAAGUAGAUAACCAUAAAAUGGAAUAUGAUACCAUUAAUAAAGUUUGAAUAUA